AUGGCGUUGCUUGGAAGCCUAACUGCUAGUCCUGCGGGAGCGGCCACCGUCCUCCGCCAGAUGCGGCAGGCGCAGCGCGCUGACGGCCCUGCGUCCGUGCUGGCCGUCGGAACGGCGAACCCGCCCAACUGCGUGCGGCAGGACGAGUACGCUGACUACUACUUCCGCGUCACCCACACAGAGCACCUCACCAAGCUCAAAGCCAAGCUCAAUAGGAUCUGUCACAGAUCGGCCAUCAAGAAGCGCUACUUCUACCACGACGAGGAGCUGCUGCAGCAGCACCCGGAGUUCCUGGACCGCGCGCUGCCAUCUCUAGAUGCCCGGAUGGACAUCGCAGCCACCGCCGUUCCCGAGCUCGCUGCCGCGGCCGCGCGCAAGGCUAUGGCCGAGUGGGGCCGCCCGGCUGCCGACAUCACCCACCUCGUCGUCAGCACCUACUCCGGCGCCCACAUGCCCGGCAUCGACCUCCGCCUGGCCUCCCUCCUCGGCCUCGACCCGUCCGUCCGCCGCACCAUGAUCUACUUCAACGGCUGCUCCAGCGGCUCCGCGGCUCUGCGCGCCGCCAAGGACAUCGCCGAGAACAACCGCGGCGCCCGCGUCCUCGUCGUCUGCGCCGAGCUCGCCCUCAUCCACUUCCGCGCCCCCGACGAGGCCCACAUCGACACCAUCAUCAUACAGGCCUUGUUCGGCGACGGGGCGGGCGCCGUGAUCGUCGGAGCCGAGCCUGACAGCUCCGACGAGCGCCCGGUUUUCGAUAUGGUGGCUGCCUCGCAGACCGUGAUACCUGAGAGUAACCACGCCGCGGUGGGAAGGCUCACGGAACACGGGCUUGUCUUCAACCCUUCCUUCGAGAUGCCGGCACUCAUACUGGAAAACAUAGAGCAGACCAUGGCCGACGCGCUCGGGCCGCUCGGCUUCAGCGGGAACUGGAACGACCUUUUCUGGGCGGUGCAUCCCGGCGGGAGGGCGAUCUUGGACAGCGUAGAGGCGGGGCUACGGCUGGAGCCCACGAAGCUGGCGGCAAGCCGACACGUACUGAGUGAGUACGGGAAUAUGUCAGGGGCGACCGUGAUCUUUGUGCUCGACGAGAUCCGGCGGCGCCGCCACCAGCAACCGCUGGGGGAUCAUGGCAUGGGUGUACUGCUUGGGCUCGGACCGGGGGUAACGGUUGAGACCAUGGUGUUGCACGCCACUGGUGGCUAA